GGCGGCAUAUUUACAUUCGCAAAUUCUUUUCGUGCCUGACAUUUAAUUUGGCAUUAAGGAAGCUUCAAAAUGCCGCUUAUAUGACACUCGUCCUCAAUAGAGAGCCUCCAACUGCUCUAGUGCGCGGAAAACAUCCGAGUCGGCCGCAAAGACUCGCUUUCGCCGCCAAUUCGCCGAAUGAAAAAGUUUCAGCGAAUCCACUAGUCUCGAGGCCUUAAAACAUUAUGAGUUCUCAGGCGGCCUCAAAGACGGAAGGGGUCAGGGUAGUGGUCAGGUGCAGGCCGAUCAGUGAUGACGAAAAAAGGGCUGGAUUCACUUCAGUGGUCAAAGUACGGCAGGACCGAGGCGUUGUGGAGGUUUUUGCGCCUAGUGGGAAAUCGGAAACACCCAGACGAGAGUUCACCUACGACGCUGUUUAUGGAUCUGAUUCUCGACAGCAAGAGUUGUACGACGAAGCUUUUCACCCUUUGAUUGAGUCUGUAAUGCUCGGCUUCAACGGUACGAUUUUUGCUUACGGCCAGACUGGAAGUGGAAAGACCUACACAAUGGAAGGCAUAGCAAAUGACCCUGAGAAACAAGGCGUGAUUCCUUUUGCGUUCGAGCACAUAAUGAACCACAUCGCCAGGUCGCAGGCCACCAAACGCUUCUUGGUUCGCUGCAGCUACCUGGAAAUUUACCAAGAGCAAGUCCGAGAUUUGUUAGCUAAAGAAAUGAAGAGUUUGAAAUUGCGUGAGCAUCCCGAGCACGGCGUGUUUGUCGACGGUUUGCUGACUGAAGUGUGCAACAGUGUGUCUGAUCUCAAGCAUUACAUGUCCAUAGGCAAUAAGCAACGUAGUAUAGGUGCCACCUUGAUGAAUAGACAGAGUUCCAGGUCCCAUUCGAUUUUCAUGAUCACCGUCGAGUGUGAAGAAACGGCUUUGGACACGGCCAGCGUCAUUCGAGUUGGAAAACUCAAUCUAGUUGACCUGGCUGGCAGUGAAAAGCAGAGCAAAACCGGCGCAGAGGGAGUUCGACAGCAGGAAGCUUCGAACAUCAAUUUGUCAUUGUCUGCGCUCGGGAACGUGAUUUCAGCAUUAGUCGAGAGUCUCAAGACCAAAGAUAAAGAGACGCACAUUCCGUACAGAGACAGUAAAUUAACUAGAUUACUCAAAGAUUCCUUGGGAGGCAACUCGAAAACAGUGAUUGUAGCAAAUAUUGGCCCAGCCAGCUACAAUUUUGAAGAAACAGUGAGCACCCUCAGAUUUGCGUCGAGGGCCAAAAAGAUCAAGAAUGUCCCUGUUGUGAAUCAGGACAUCAAGGACGCCAUGCUGCUCGAGUACCACCAAGAGAUCCAAAGGCUGAGGGCCACUCUGGAGGAACGCAAGAAAAAGAAACUGGAGGAUGUGGGGAUCAAGUCGGUGGUCGAAGAUGAUAAUAUUACUAAUGAUAAUGCAAAUGAGUACUUGGUGAGCGAGGAGAAGGAGAAACUGCUGCAAGAGGUCAAAUCGAAAGAAGAGGCCUUGGAAAAGGAAAAGGCGCAGAAGGGACACCUUGAGGAGAAAAUCAAGGAGCUGGAGAGCAAAUUGCUUUGUGGCGGAAAGAAUAUUAUAGAUCACACGAAUGAGCAGCAGAAAGCUCUGGAAAUGCAGAGGCAGGAAAUAGCAGAGCAAAAGCAACGGGAGCGAGAAAUGCAUCAGUUACUAGAGGAGCAGGAGGAAUGCGCACUGGAGAUGAGAGAGACUCACUCCAACCUACAGCAAGACAUUGCACAGACGACCAAAAGGCUGCGGAAGGUCUUCUCAAAGCUGCAAGGGGCCAAGCAGGAGCUUCACGAGCUCAGCGAAUUGAAUGAUCGUGAGAGACGAGAGUGCAUGCACACUCAGAACGAACUGACCAAGGAGCUGAAACUGAAGUAUCUGAUCAUCGAGAACUUUAUUCCAGCCGAUGAGAAGAACAAGAUUCGCCAGCGAAUUGCUUAUGAUGAGGAUGAAGACGCGUUCUUUUUGCUGCCACUGUCUCAGGUGGCGCCGCAAGUCAACAGCCGUCCCGUCUCGGCUGCUGGAUCUCGAAGGCCUGUCUCCGAAUACGCCAGAAUGUCUUCAUUCAUGGGCGGAAGCCCAAGAUACAAGGGUGAGAACAUUUUGUCCCUGGAGUUGGACAUGCCACUGAGGACGACCCUUGACUACGAAGGCCCUCGAGUGUCUCCCAAAAUUCAGGCUGUCCUGGACGCUGCACUGAAUUCAGUUGACCCCAAAGAGGCAGACAUUGACAUUGACGCCAGUGCAGCGUCCCUAUUGGCCCAGGGCAGGAUCCGGGCUGAGCGUCGAGACAAACAACCGAAACAGACAAGAGCAAAGAGUGCUAAAAGCUGCUCAUCGUCCAGCUCCUCUCCGACUUCGUCGUUCCCGCAGGCGAGAGGUCUGGUUCCCAAAUAGCUAGGGGAGGGCUCUGCCUCCACUGCCUCUGAAAUUCCCUGGUGGCACCUACUUAUUAUAGUCAUAGCUUUAAUCUUGUUGUCGCCCCCAAAUGUAAAUAAUUCCGACGGCAGCAAUUAGGUUCAUAAUGUUUGCACAUUUGUUUAGUUAAGGCCUAUUAAGCGCAAUCUGCAGAAGCAAAAGUUUAAUUACAACAGGUGAUAGGAUUAAUAUAUUGUGCUCAGAUUUUUUUAAGGAAUGAAUUUUGAUAAUUUUAUUGAUGGCUCUGAGCAUAUUUAUAAAUCUAUGAAAACAACCUGUUCUUCAAAUCAAAAAUAAUUCUUUACCAAGUUGAUGUGCUCAUUUGUAAGCAGUAGCAAGUUUAAUUUUAGUGCUCAAAUAUUUUGAAUAUCGUGUUUAGCAGCUGGAAAUCCAAUUUGUAAAGUAUUUUUAUUAUUUCACUGUGAUAUAUUAUUUAUUAAUCUGUAUCCACUUAUGUUAUGGUUAUAUUUAUUACGGUUAUUUAUUAAGGUUUGAUCUUGAUCAGUAUUAUAUUUUGCAAUUUAUCGUAAACGCACCGCAACUUUUAUAGUUUUUUCACUAGUCCUGCUGAUAUAAUGGCAUUUUUUAAUAAUGUAACAUUUUUCAAUGAUGUUCUGUGAUUGGAAUCGCAAAAACCACAAGUGGCUAUUCAAAACUGAUUGCAAAUCAAUAACCUCACUCUAAUCAUCACCGCAGUCGAUUUAAAAUAAACUUGUUGUAAGUGUGAAUAUAUUGUAUUGGUUUUCUCUAUAAUGCGUGGCUAUACCAAUUUUAACAAAGCGCGAGAGCUUAUAUAAUAAAGUUUACAAUCCAAAAAAAUAAAUCCUGUGUAA